AAUAUUAUAAAGAGUGUCGAAUUUGUUUAUAGAUUCAUAAAUUCAAAGAAUCGGGCCGGUUUAUCGUUUAAAUUGGCAGUCAACCACUUGGCAGAUUUCACCGACGACGAAUUAUGGACUAUGAGAGGCAGAUUACCGACGACCGAAUAUAAUGGCGGCGAAGCGUUCGACGUAGAGUUAUACGAUAGAGACGUGCCAGAAAGUUUAGAUUGGAGAUUAUAUGGUGCCGUGACUCCAGUUAAAGAUCAAGCUAUCUGUGGCUCUUGUUGGAGUUUUGGAACCACAGGCACAAUUGAAGGAGCUUACUUUUUGAAGACAAAAAAAUUAGUUCGUUUAUCUCAGCAACAAUUGAUUGAUUGUAGUUGGAACUUUCAAAAUAACGGUUGU